AUGAGUACUGCGGGGCAUUCGGAUCCCGUACCCGUAGGGAGUGGUAGUGGGAAAGUGCAGGAUUUUCACUACAAAUUCACCGUGCAAAAGGGUUUUUUUCAGCAGAGUGAGGAUGAGACGGAUGAUAAGGAGUUUGAUUUUAAAACCUCGAAUUUCGGACUGAUCAAUCGCACGUAUUCGACGGACUCUGAUGAAGACAAAGAGAAGGGUACGCAAUGGCAACGAUUUGAAAAGUACAUCCGCAGCCUCGAGACUUCCAAGCAAGCCGGCGAAAGCUACAAGGUGCUUUUCCUAGGUCGCCACGGUCAAGGCUGGCAUAACGUUGCGGAAACGAAAUACGGGACUAAAGCUUGGGAUUGCUACUGGUCCGCCCUCGACGGCGCAGACGGCAUCACCUGGGCAGAUGCACAUCUGACUCCGCUAGGCGAAGCCCAGGCAAAAGCCGUGAAUGAACUUUGGUCUGCUCAACUCGUGAAAGGGAUUCCGGCACCGGAAACUUAUUACGUUUCUCCUUUAACCCUACGAUUCGUCCUGACGGACCUAGGCACAAUCCAAACCGCUUCCCUCUCCUUUUCCUCCCUCCCCCUCCCCGCCUCAGCCCCUUACAAACCCCUCAUCAAAGAACUCCUCCGCGAGGCCCUGGGUGUUCACACCUGCGACCGCCGUAGCACGCGCUCCGAAAUUCAAGCAGCACACCGCCAUCUCACUUUCGAACCGGGGUUCGCAGAGGAAGAUGAGCUGUGGUUGGCUGACUACCGCGAGCCGAGAUCGGCGAGGAAUUAUCGACUUGCGGUGUUGCUGGAUGAGGUGUUUGAAGGGGAUGAGGGGGUCGUGGUGUCGAUGACGAGUCAUUCGGGGGCGAUUGGGAGUUUGUUGGUGGGGUUGGGACAUCGUGAAUUUGCGCUUGAGACAGGGGGCGUGAUACCCGUGUUUGUUAAAGGCGAGAGGGUGCAGGGGAAACGACCGGUUCCGCCAAAGGAACCGAGUGAUGCGCCGCCGUUGUGUCCGGAGCCGCCUGUGGAUAUGUAG